AUGGCCUCACCAUUGGCGGACGCUAAACUUAGCCAAUCUCUCCAGUCUAUCGUUGAUAAGGAUGAGAUUCGCUCUGUAAUCUACAAAUUUGUUCGUGGCGCAGAUCGCAAGAUCCGCCAUCUGGUCCAAUCUGUUUAUCACCCAGAUGCUAUCGACAAUCAUGGCUCGUUUAAUGGGCCUGCGAGGGACUUUUAUGAUACAAUGACUGCUUCUGAUUCGACACGUGCUGUGCAUCACCAAAUCGGCCAGUCUUUGAUCGAACUUGGACCGGAUGGCACAACUGCAAGUGCUGAGACAUACUGCACCGCCACAACAGUCAACGAGGCUGACGGCCAAGAGACCUGGAUUACUUUCUUGGUCCGAUAUGUAGACCAAUUCGAAAAGAGGGACGGAUCAUGGAAGAUCUCGCACCGUUUUGUUGCCUUUGAUGCCGUCUCGGACAAGGCCAUAAUGCAAUACUUGCCGAAGGCCAACCUGGGCACUCGACAUGAGCAAGACUAUUCUAGGAAGGUAUUGAAAGACUGA